AUGGGCCGCGCACUCUACUCCUCCCGCUACACAAAGGCCCACCAGUCCCAGGUGGAGCAGCAGGCCCAAGCGAACCCCACACCAGCGCAGGACCCUGCAGCGGACGCCACAGCACCAGCAUCCGAGCCUGCAGUCGCCGUGUACGAGAAGUGGAGCUCUUUGAACCCCUUCGACCCCGACUCGGACGAGUUCUUCAUCGACGCGGAGUACGAGGCCUUCGUCGACGACGAGCAUCCGCAGCCCGAGCCCGUGGUCCGCGUCGAGAUCGUUCCCCAGCGCAACGCGUCGCCGAUUAGCAGUGGCAGCUCCUCCUCGGCCAGCGAAGACGGUGACCGCGAGGAGGGUGCGAACGGCAGCCCCAUGGCGGUCGGCGUCGACCCCGCAUCCCUGCUUGCGGGCGUGUAUGCCCCAGGCGACUGGGAGCGCCGCUUCCUGCUCGCAGGUGCUGGUGGGGUGCCGCCGCAGCCGUGGCUGCAGAUGGACCACUAUAUACGACCGGUAGUCUCGGCGCGGCGCCAGCCGCUGCGCGCUCGAGCGUCGUCACUCUCGUUCCUUCCCACGUCCGCUCCUUCAGCGCGCACUGCCAUGCAGCAGCCUUCGGUUGUCAGAGACAGCCACGCGGGUUACACGGUCGUGCCGCCUCCAGCCAGCCACACCUCUCGGGAGCCUUCGCCAGAUGACGACGACUCGGAGAUUCCCCUGCCGCUUCCACCUCCAUUCAUGCCGCCUCGGGGCGAGGCCCACCGGCUGUAUGGUCACGACAGUCGCAGCGCCUUGCCUACCGUCUCACCAACGGUAGAAAGACGCAUGCCAGCGGACAGAGCCACUCCCGUCUCCUCCUCCCCACCGAGCAAUCCCCUCACCAACCCCAACGCGCGCAUGUCGCACAGCCGCAUCUCCCCGCGCGUCCCCCUUACUGCGAUGUAA